AUGGGCAAGUACUUGUGCAAGAAGCCGGCCUAUCACUUUCCCAUCGCAAAGAAAGGAAAAACACGCAUGCUCAUGAAGGGGAACCUCACCAAGGCAGCAUCCUCCAAGCGUGCGAAAGGCAAGGCUUGGAAACAAACGCCGUACAACCGCACAGGCAACAAGGCUCCUCGUGUAGAUCGUCUGAAGUGGAAACGUACUUUCCAGUACUUGUCCUCCUUGAAUGAGUACGAUGCCAUCCAGGUCCUGAAGGACGAUGGUCUCAUGCCAACAUGGGAGGGUGCGGUUUGUCCGUUCUGCUCGCAAGGCAAAGUCGGACCUCUGACAAAGAGGUCUGGGGGACUACCUCGUUAUCGGUGCAAGCGCUGGGGCUGUCAAAAGUUCAUCACGCCUCAGCACCUACACCCACUCUUUACAGCGACCCGCGGACCUGAAGGACAUUCCCUUGGCGUGCAGGCAGGGAUGCUGCUCUUGCGCCUUGCCAAUGUGCCUCUGAGCACUAUCCACGUGGUGACCCAGAUCAAUCACAAGGCUAUCGAACGGAUGGAGCAUAACCUCACACUUGUUCGCAAGAAGUUUGUGGAAGAGACCCAAAGGACCAUGAGCUUCGGGGGUAAAGGGAACAAGUGGCAAGAUGUCGAAGUUGACGAAUCCGUCUUCGACAAAAAGCUCAUUCCGAUUGAGGAGGCUGAUGAUCCCACCAAGGUCAUGGACUGGGAGCAAUGGGUAGGCAUGGUUCAGCGCGGCAAGCCCGAGCCCACGAAGAAAAGGUCGCCAGGUCCAGGCCCCAUCCGCCGAGACGACUGGAAGAAGAUAUCCGAUCGCUGGCUGAAGGGUAAGCACGUGAUUCUCCAUUCCGACAGCGCUCGAGCUUACAAACUCAAAAUCCCAGGCGUUGUUCACGGAUCUGUCGUGCACAAGAAGCGCCGUGUCCAAGUGGGCAAGAAAUGGGUUUGGCAACAGCCAACCUACGUCAAGAUCAAGAAAGUGACCUUGCCCGGCGGCCGCAAAGUCACCGUGAAGAUCGGAACCCAGAUCGUCGAUCGCGGGUGGAGAUUCGUCAAGGAGCGCCUCCGCGUGAACCAACGCGCCAAAACUGGUUCCUUGCGGAUCAUUGCUCAAAUCCGUUCUGCCCAGUAUGAGUACUGGAACAGGGGCAAGGACAUGUGGCUGGAGACGGGCAGCCUCAUGCGGCGGUACAUGAGCAACAUCAUCGCCCAGAAGUGA